CCCAAGCUUCUCCCCUAUGGGAGUUCUACUGAGAUUGAUUCCUGCUGUUGGACACUUCAUCCCCAUCACUUCCAUCACAUUGAUCUACUAUCGCCUGUAUCUCGAGGACAUCACCUUUCACCUUUACCUGGUCCCCAAUGACUGCACUAUUCGGAAGGCCAUUGAUGAGGAAGAAAUGAAGUUUCAGUUUGUGCGCAUAAACAAGCCACCCCCAGUAGAUGCUCUUUAUGUUGGUUCCCGCUAUAUCGUGUCCAGCUCCAAAGAGGUGGAAAUUCUCCCGAAGGAACUGGAGCUGUGCUACCGAAGCCCUCGAGAAUCCCAGCUCUUCUCUGAGAUAUAUGUUGGAAACAUUGGUUCAGGGAUUAAUCUGCAACUAACAGACAAGAAGUAUAUGAAUCUCAUAUGGGAGGCCUUGCUGAAACCAGGGGACCUCAGACCUGCACUGCCCAGGAUGGCUUCAGCCCCCAAAGAUGCUCCUGCCCUGCUACACUUCGUGGACCAGCAUCGGGAGCAGCUGGUGGCCCGAGUGACAUCAGUGGACCCUCUCUUGGACAAGCUGCAUGGUCUGGUGCUGAGUGAAGAAGAUUAUGAGACAGUGAGGGCUGAGGCCACAAACCAAGACAAGAUGAGGAAGCUCUUCAGGGGCAGCCGGUCCUGGAGCUGGGAUUGCAAAGACCAUUUCUACCAAGCUCUGAAGGAAACCCAUCCUCACCUGAUCAUGGACCUCCUUGAGAAGUCGGGAGGGGUCUCUGUGAGACUCUGACAUCCUGGUGACUAAGGAUGAACAUUCUCCUUAGAGUCCUGGCUCUGCCUGGCCUUCCUUAGUUUCUCCAUGUGUAACCCAUGGCCAUCUGAGUUCCCUUUCUUGUGGCAGUGCUUCCAUGACAUUUCUUGGUGAUCCGCAUGAUCCCUUUUGGCCUUCCCUAGCCAUAUAUUCAUGUGGAGUGAGCAUCUCAGAAAACAUCCAGUGGAGGCAGCAAGUCUAUUCAGGCCUUGACCCCCGUUCUCAAAGUAGAUCAGAGCAGCCAGCCUAGGGACAACCUGACGCAUCAUAAAUGCAAGCAGGACUGGGGAUCAUGGGAAUGGAAACAAAAAGAUGAUAGUUUUCCCUGGAAAGUGAGUGUCUCACAGGAAGGGAAGGGGACUUUUUUUAAAAAAAAAUUU